GAUGAGUUCUUUUUGGGGAAGUAGAACAUUCGUCAAAUACUCUCUCUUUGCUUUCAAUAUAUUGUUCUGGCUACUUGGCUCAGUGCUUCUUGUCAUCGCAAUAUGGAGCAAGACAGAGAAAGGCAAUUUGAUGGACUUCAAUUCCAUGGCUGUAGACCCAGCCACUAUAUUGCUUAUUGUUGGAGCAGUUAUGUUCUGGAUUGGGUUCUUUGGUUGGGUGGGAGCUCUACGUGAAAAUGUAAAGUUCCUCCAAGUGUUUGCCACGAGUUUAGUUAUCCUGUUUCUUGGGGAAGCAGCUGUUGGGAUCCUUGCGUUUGUCAUGAAAGAAAAGUUUAAAUGUUGCGGAAUCCGGAAUUUCACUGACUGGCAGGAGAAUGUUUACUUCAAGUGCUGCAAUGAAGGAAUUGAGAGUUGUGGUGUUCCUUACUCCUGUUGUAAACUGGAUUUGCAAGUUAAUCUGUUUUGCGGUGUCAAGGUAAUGGACUACAAGACCGAGGAAUAUUGCACCGAUACCAACAAAUACGUUCCAAUGAACCACCUCAAGGCGGAAGUGAGCGAAAACGAGCAGAUAUACGAGACAGGCUGUUUAGUGACGAUGGAGCAAUGGUUCAACACCAACUUGUACUACAUUGGAGGAGCGGCGCUGGGUGUGGCUGUUGUUCAGAUUGGAGGGGUUUGGCUGGCUCAGAGUUUGACACACAAGAUAAAAUCAGUUACAGCUGGCUAUUAUCAGCAUCAUAAAUGAGGGAGGAAUCGACUCAGCCGAGACAAAUUGUGAUAAUCUGUUGUGACCUGGACCACCGCCCUUUCUGUCAGCGUGGUGAAAAUGAAGGCCUGAACCAAAACACUGAAUUCAAGAGAACAAAAUAUCGUUGGCUUAGAUAAGAAUCAUAAAAUAAGUUUAUUUUUAUUUGAUCGCAUACAUUGAAGAUAUUUUUCAAGUCUUCCUUUAUUUUCGAUUUUUAUCUUCCCAGAAUUCAUUUAAACAUUAAAGUAUCGUGUGUAACUUUAAUCUUUACUUUUAGUUCAUAGUUUUCGUGUUUUAGUAAUUACAAAUUAUCGAAGAAAAAGCAUUUAUUUCACUCCUUAUCAGAAGAGAAAAAGAUCCUUUAAUCAAGAGUUUUAACAGUUACUUUUUCUGAUAGCCUAAAUGGGAGGUUACAUUUUUUUGUUGGAAGAUAAUUGCACAGUCAUGUUUCUCCUCCCAGUAUCUGUUAAGCUGAGUUUGAUUAAUAGCCUCUUUCCCAAUGAUAUUCAAAGGUCUGAUCUUUGUUAUAAAUUAAUUCGCUUCUAAAUGCAUUCACGGACAUUUCAUGACAUUUAGAGACUGUAGAUAAACCUUGUUUCAGAUUUCUGUUGAUUUGUAUAGAUCUUACACUAUACCAUAUUACCAUUAUAUAUUUGAUUUGUUACUGUAGAA